UGAAGCAACCUUCGCUUCAGUACCUUAUUGCUGUCCGCGGGUGACAGACGUGUGCUUCCGUUCACAAAUUCACUGGAAACGCAUCGAAAGAACAAAAACGCAUGGUGUUCUGUGAAGUGUGACGGAGAAAUUUUUAAAACGAUUUUUCUUGUUUGAUGUCCAGCACUAGCAGGCAACAUGGCAGGAAGACGGCAGCUACGACUGCUGCUCUGGAAGGACUACCUCAUAAGGAAACGGAAAAUUGUGACACUAGGAGGCAUAGUAUGGACCUUGAGUAUCAUGAUGAUGCUUUAUGUAGUCAGGAUCAACGUGGAUAAUCAGGAUUUUCCGUCAUGUACAUUCCCCGCCAGAGCCCUACCAAGUGCUGGGACAAUCACGUUCCUUCAGUCUUUCAUAUGCAGCGUCAACAACGAGUGCUCACCCAUGGAUGACUACGAGGAGAUUCCUGCAUAUGAAAAUUCAAAGUUAAGUCAAAUAAGAAAGAAGUUGGCUCCGAUUAUGAAUGAAACAGUUCUGGACGUUGUCUCAUCAGUACCGGACGCUUUAAAACUGCUUUCGACCCUGGCAGACGUGGCUGAUGAACCCACUUUCGUCAAUUUCACCAAAAACGGAUUAACAGUGCAAGAUUUAUUCACAAACACAGCGAGAGUGAAGAGGUACGCAGUCAGUCACUUAGGCAUCGACGCUGACGUCGCACAGAGUCUCAUGAAUGCUCAAAUUAAAUUUGAAGGUAUACUUAAAGGGAAUCUGAGAGGGUGCAGUGAAGAAACAAUAGAAAAAGUACUUUUUGUGGGAAAUAAAAGUCAAAUAGAAGCGAUCGCUAAAGGAUUGUGCUCAUUAACCGACAACGAAAUGUAUAAAAUAUUCAUGGAUUUAAUAAUGGAGAUUAAUUUUGGCAAAUACAUUAAAAUGUUUGGUGGAAUGUACUACAAACUGUCAGGAGACAAAAGCAUCACGCAGCUUGGAGACAUGCUCACAUCAGUAGUCCGUAUGAUCAACCUGAAGAACUUCUUACCCCAGGAGAUCAUAAACAUCGCCUACGGAGAUGGAGACUUCAGCUAUUUUGAUCUAGGCUUAAUAACAAAACUAGUAAAUCUAUUCGAAUCCACAUUCGGUGAAACUCAAUCGUUUAAGUCUAUAAAAGAAUUCGCGGAUACAGCCAUAACCAGCAUCAAAUAUUUGGAUAAAAUAAUUUCGAAACAAUUCAGCACUGAUAUCACAAGCAUUGAUAACGAGACCGCCAGUGGUUUGAGGAAAGUCUCCAACAUUCUGGAUGGGGCUGUUAGUAUAUUCGAAGACGAUAUGAAGCAGAAUAAAACAAUAGACCCAUUUAAUGUAAUUUCUCAACUACUAUCAUUCGUUCAAAAAUUUCUACCAGCGAAACAGAAGCACGACAUACUGUUCUAUUCAACAUUAAUGUCAAAAUUAAUUGAAGGCACGCACAAGGUUAUUGACAUCAAUAGGCACUUGGAGAAAAUCACGUAUGACGUCACUCUUAGACAUCCAGAGAGUGUGAAAAUCCUCCUAUCAUUGCCGCCCUAUAUUGUUGGCAAAGCUUUUGAGGCUCUCUCGGAUGCAAACAGAAUACAGAUUCUCACAUCGAAAAUUAAUUUCCCGGGCCAAAUGUUCUGCGACACAAAUAAAAUAGCUGAAUUCUUUGUGAUCUCGAAGAACGAAGCCAGCACAAUAAAGAAACAACUUUGCAGCAACGCUUGGAAGAACUAUGUAUCGGAUUUAAUCAAAUCUUUUGGUAUUUUCGAGGUUAAAAAUAAUAUCAAUAACUUAGCUUCCUUAAUAAUUCAAGAAACUCUGGGGCAAGACACAAGUUCUAAAUUGUAUUCGAUAGAGAAAGACUUCGAAAUUUUGAAGAAUUUUACGAAUACUCUGAUAGGUUUUGACGAAGAAAAGAAGAUGGAAAUACAAUGGAACAAGAUUUUUAAUUUGCCCGAUGAUUCGGAGUUCAUGACCGUGGUCAAACAGAAAAGUCAUCUCGGAAACCAGAUCUUAAUAACCACCCACGGUGCUUUAGCCAAAGAAGUCGUCAAACAGAAUCCAAUACUUGAACUCAAAAUAACUCCAAUAUUAAUAGACAUGACCGCAGUGGUCGAAGCACUUAACGAACAGAUUGGUAGCGCUCCAGCCCAAGUUGUCGCAGCCUUGAAGAACUUGUACGGUGACAUUGUUAUCACCGUUAUGAAAACUGCUUUAAAUGAAGAAAAGACGUACAGCUCUCUAUCGACAGCCAGCAAAGAUAUUUUAUGUAACGGGGUCGAAACUGCGAGGGAUUACUUGGAAUUCCCUGACAACAUCGACAGAGCAAGACUAGUGACAACCCUGUGUGACGCCACACUGGCUAUCGAAAAUGGUUUGAAGAACACAUCAAUCAUAGCCAAAACCAUAAACAAAAUACGAAGCUCGCCCCCCGGUGCGCUCGAUGCCAUAAACUGGACCAAACUAAUAAACGGCAUUAAAAAGCUGUACGUGAACAUUAACAAUGAUUACACGUAUUUAUUCGAUUUCUCGAGCUACGGAAUGGAUGAAGGUACGCGGAAAACUGUGAAGGAACUUCAUUAUGAAGCCGAAGCUUACUGGUUUGGAGUUAGAAACUUACAGAGGAGCUUGCGUUUGAGUGUGAAACUUGGCCUGCGAUUCUUGGACGUUUUAGAUUGUGGCGUAUUCGACAUAACUGACGUAACUUGGUUGAAAAUGAAACAUACUCUGAAAAACGUGAACGGUCCUCUGAAUGUAUUUCAUGAGACAAUUGACGUGGUCUCGGCUAUUAUCAUGGGCAAAGCUUACGCAACAAGCUUGCCACCGAUCACAGUCGAAGCUCUUGGAAUCAUCAUACCUAAAGUGCCACAGUUGAUUGUCGACGCCGUCAAACUCGUUGUACACGACGAAACAGAUGUAGAACCAAUAAUAAACAUAAUGAAUAGCGCACCAACUUGGCCAUGCUCCAACACAAGUUUGUCAGACUUAUUACCUAUUAGCAUCGAGUCUCAGGCUGCGACGAAGAGUCUAGAAAGAUUGUUAUGCUUGGAUGAAGAGCUACAAGCUGAAUGGGUUCAGUAUUUGGAAAUGAAACAGGGUAAAAUACAAAAACUUGACAACUACAACAGCAGCCGCUACGAAAGGAACAUCUUCUUGAACUUCUCCAGAACCUUUGAUUCAUUGAUUGAUGACGUCAUGAAGUUCAAAGACAUGUUCCAGUAUAUUAUCAAUGAUGAAGGAACAGAACACUUAAGUUUGAUGUCUUCUUUAAGAUACGCUCUCGAUUCUCUGAACACUACAGAAAGGGAUGACAUACUUCGGAAAUUCUUCAACAAAUUAGACACAGUCCUGAACUCUAUCAAGACAUCGUCUGUAGAUCGUUUAGUUCCAUUAAACGUCAUCUUGGAAGAUUACAUCAAGUGCAGUAACAACAGGAUAAUAGACGCGGCUUGCAAGGAUACAGGCAGAACUGCGUGGAUGUACACGAUAAGAACUCUGUCAGUUAUCUUCAGUAAUAUCGCUGAUGAUCUGUUGACCUAUUUUAAGGAAGUUAAUGAUCCAGAUUCAAAUUUGUUACAAGUGAUGGGCUUCACGAAGAGCACCGGGCUUUACAUUCUAUACGAUAAGAUAGGCGAUUUCGUCACGGUUCUGUUGAAUUCCUACUGGGAUUACGGAUUUAUGAGUCAGGUUCGUCGAGCAUCUCUUUCUCAAUUUUGGGACUGCGAGGCCGUGGUGUCAGCCUUGGUUCCUCCUGCUGGGAGUACAAUUGAUGCCACCAUUUUACUCAAAGUUCAGCCCUAUAUCUGCCCGUCCUUCAUCUACUGGCUGUCUUUGCCUCGAGGGGAUAAUAAGUUCCUUGACAUCGUAGCUAAGCCGCAAUACUACUUCUACACGAGCGACGCUCGAAACGCUACAAGUCAAUACGAAAGUGCUUUUACAAAGGCUGUAGAACUAGCAAAUUUCAUAUUAAACAUUGCCAAGCAAAACAAAACAUUCAUAAACGAAGACGAAAUAAAAAUGAACAGCCUACAAGGAAAACUAGAAAAAUUCGUCGAUACAAUAUUAAAUUUUAAAAUUGAAAAAUCUAAUCCCCAGUAUAUUCUAUUUAACGAUAUAAAUAAAAAACAAAUUUCCGCCAUGAUUUAUUUAGCUAGAAUCGUUAGUAUGGUCAAUAAAAUGGACGCAGAACUACAGAGAUUUAAUGUAGAUGAGCUACCAGAUAAUAACAUUGACAAGAAUAAAACAAAAGAAGAACUGAAAUAUAUUAACAAUAUGUAUAAAAGAAAGCCUGUGGAUACGAUUUCAUUUCACUAUGAUGUAAUAACGGAUUUACUGUGGGCUAACAAUAAAAGUUACAAUUUAGUCGAAUCAUUCGAAGCAAUGUGUGAAAACUUGAAAAAUGAAAGUAAAAUAAUUUUGGGGGGUCAAAGAAGAACAAAAAUACAAUUCUGUGCACAAGACUAUAAGAUCAUUUUUGAUAAAAUACAAACUGUCGUUGAUGGCGAUUACGAAGCAGCGAGGUUGAGCUUGGAAAAUCUAAUUAACAUUCUUCAGGAUGAUGAUAAGAAGAAUAUAACGGACAUUUACAAAUUCUUCAAUGAUAGAAAACAACUACUCUCUUCUAUAAAGCACAACGUAAAAUACUCGUACGACUUGGGCUUACCUGUAUACUUGAAAUACCUUCAGUCAAACAUCCAGAGCUACAAUGUGAUAACGUCCUUCCUCUCGGGAGGUGACUGGUGGAAUGAGGCUAAGAACAUAUUCAAUGGUCCGUACACUUCCGCAUUCUUCGAUUACGUCGAGAAGAGCUUGGAUGUGGCCAGUGAUGUUCUCUUUAACAUUGAUCGGAUCCAUCUAGUUCGUCUUCUUCGUGAUAUAAACGUGAACGAAACUGACGCGUUUUGCCAGUCCAGUAUCAAUCUAUCCGACUACGUACCAGACAGCACCGGUGCACUCUCCGCCAUGAAGCAGCAGCUCUGUACGAAGAAUGCCAAUGAACUAUUUAAAGAGAUACCACCAUUGCUCUUCGCCGCACAGGGUUACGACAACUCUCUUAAAGUAUCGAAGACUAUAGACUAUGGUAAACUGAGCUCUGACCUGACUACGGUAGAGUCCAAACUUGACCUUAUCAAGGACAUACCCGAAUCACCUCAAAGGCCAUCGUGGGCUACUGAUGACAAGAUUAACAAUCUGAGGAAUGUCGCAGUGAGCAUGCUUUCCAAGGAAUCAUUGACUAAGAUGUCCUUUGGCGUUUUAAGUAAUUUCGUUGAUGCCGGUACACUGUUUCUGAACAAUAGCCAAUGCACUCUUUGUUCUCAAUUGACGUCUUGGUUCAAACAACUGAACCUCCAGCUCUUCAAGAAGGAGGAAUACGAUAUAUUGUUAUGUCAAAUGCAGUCGAUGACCAUGCCCGAGAUAUACAACACCCUGAAGAACAAUUUCCAUUGGGACAUGGCAAUUAAGGAGUUGAUACUAACAAGAAAUUACACGAAAUACGAACUGAAUAAAUCUAUGAAUGAGUUUUUGGAGCUGGUAAAACUACAUCUGCUGGUGGACAUCACCGCGAGCACGACCAGGCUCGGCGAAUGUCUCGCCAGUAAUGUCACUAAAAAUAUAUUCGGUGAUGCUGCGUUAUCAAUAUCAGUCGUGUCAAAAAUUGCUCAUCUCCUACGGUCUGCAUUACCACAUAUACACGAAAUAGAGGGAAUAAAAGACAUUCAAUAUCUAAACCAGCUACACGAUAAAAUUGGUCAUAAAUUAAAUGUUAUGGGACCAUUAAACAAAUAUGUCAAAGCUAAUAGUGAUAUUCACGAGCAGCUUAGUAAAGUCAUUAGUGAUUUGGAUUUUAUUGAUGAAACAGAAGCUUCGGAUGUAAAUCUUAGAUCGAUACGUGAAAUUACAAUGCCUUCAGACGAGAAUAUCAAAUUGAAUACAAUGAAAUGGAGACAAGUUUGCAGUAAACAUAACUGCACCGUCAUAGCGAUGAUAAUCAAAAACAAUUUGAAUGAAACACUCGUUCUAACUGAUCUACCGAAACUUCAAAGCAAGGAAUUUUGGAAGUUUUCGUUCAUGUCAAAUAUAAUUCGGCAUAUUGAGGGCGUGCUGUCACAUGCGGCUCGGUUGUUGGGUGUGGCCAGCGAUCUCGACGUUAAGGGAGUGAUGGAAGGAAAACUUGAAUCGAUAGUCGAUGUGGUGGUUACCAUCUUAAGUGAUGAUAUAGUUCACAGUGUGCUAUAUAGUCUUCAGGGCAUUAUACAAGAAGUACAUCCUUUACUAGCCGGUACCGCUCUGGAAAAUGAUCUGGAAUCUCUUUCUGUUGGAUUGAAGAUAAUGAGCGACUUCAAAAACUAUUUAUUAGAAGAGGAGAAUCUUAAAUUGCAAGUAUUAAAAUACUUUCCGGAUUCUGAGGCCAUGGAAGCUAGUCUGUCUGCGGUUGGCAUCAACAACACAAACUUCUGGUCUCUGGCGGCGCCGAGGAUCCAGGAUGGAUAUCUGGAACUGAAACCGGUUUGUAAUUUGUAGCUGAAUUCAGAAGAU